GAAAUUAUAAAUGUGAACUUCAUGAUCCCAAAACUGGUGGAUUUAUGCCCUCCAGCCCUGGCAUUGGAAUGCAUGUUGAAAUUCGUGAUCCUCACGAGAAAGUGAUUAUGUCUAAAGUCUACAGCUCAGAAGGAAAGUUCUCUUUCACCUCAAAUUUACCUGGAGAGCACGUCAUCUGCUUGUACAGCAACAGCACAAAAUGGUUUAGUGGAAGUCAACUUCGAGUACAUUUGGAUAUACAAGUUGGUGAGCAUGCUGUUGAUUAUGGAAAUGUUGCUCAAAAGGAAAAACUGACUGAAUUACAGCUGAGAGUCAGGCAGCUACUUGACCAAACUGAACAAAUAACAAAGGAACAAAAUUAUCAAAGAUAUCGUGAGGAGCGGUUUAGACAGACCAGUGAAAGCACCAACCAGAGAGUUCUGUAUUGGUCCAUUGCCCAGACUCUGAUUCUUUUAAUGAUGGGAUUCUGGCAGAUGAGGCAUCUUAAGAGUUUUUUCCAGGCCAAGAAGUUAGUCUAAAGGCAAACAAUCAUCUGUCAUUCAUUUUGUGUUAAUAAACUUCAUAAAAAUA